ACGCAUCUGGCAGCUUGCUGUCAUCUUGAUCGUCUGGAUGUUCCUCUUCCACUUCGCACCUCAUACUUCAUUCAUAAACCGGACAGGAAGGUGACCACCUAAGCCAUCAGCAUAUUCAACCCAAAUGUCUAUGAUACAGGACCACCCUGAAUGACGCCUCAGGUGAUCGUCACCAAAGUGACUUGCCAAUGCACGCCACUUGAUAGUGCCAAUGUCAUUGCUGCCAAAUUCAUCUCCAUUCAAACGGUGCUGGGCUGAAGAUGGAGGUGUGGGUGUUCAGGUCACUGUUGAGGUUGAGGGAUUGUUUGAGGAUGUUGGCCGCUCACUCGAUGGAGUGGCUGUGGUCACCUGGGAUGACAUUUGAGCUUCAGGAGCUGGCCGGCCUUCAUGAAAUGCUUGCGGUGAAUUCACAAUUGUGAUACUGACAUUGGAGUAUGUAGGGUAUAUGAAUGUGCCUGCCGGAAAUCCUGAAGACAGAGAUUGGACCGAUGUGGCAGAGGGUGGUUGCACUGGUUCAAUAUUGUGAACAUCUGGACAAGUAGCUGGGGGCGGCACGGUGGUGGAGAAGCAACCGUAGGAGUUGCAGCUGCAGCUGAAGUUGGAGCUAGGUGGAAUUGAAUAUGAGCCAUGAAACUGGAUGCAAACUUAGAAGAAUACAUACCGGAGAUCUGUUGCCAAUGACAUGCUCUCAUGUGGGAUGAGCUGUGAGCCUCCU